CUAUAUGUCAAAAAUCGUAAACAAAAACACCGCCGUAAAGCGUAAAAUUCCUCCAAAUUAAAUUGAAUUUAUUUGCUACCAAUAUAAGCGUUAAACGAAACAAUGUCUGACUCCGAGGAAGAUACGGUCAAUGUAAACGAUUUCGAAGAUAUUCAUGCGGAAAUAGAGCGCCGCAAGAAGAACCCCGAGACGUCGGGAAUGUUUGUGUCUGGCUGGGACGAUGAGGAUGAAGAUAUUGAAGAAGUUAAAAAUCCUCAAGACAAUCCAGUCACUCAUGUGUUAUGGGCAGCAGAGCAUGGUAAAGUAGACACAUUGAAGGAAAUCCUAACAUCCUCACCAGGAUUGGUCCACGCUAGAGACUCUGAUGGCUACAGCCCUCUCCACAGAGCUGCAUAUGGAAACCAUUUAGAAGCUCUAUCAUAUCUUCUUAGCGUUGGAGCUAAAGUUAACUUGACAACAGAAGUUGGAUGGACACCGCUGCACUCUGCGUGCAACUGGAACAAUUAUCAGAUUGCUGCACGGUUAUUGGCUGCCGGAGCGGAUCCUGCGGCACUCUCAGAAGGAGCCCAGUCCCCACUGCACUUGGCUGCCGGCAUGUCUCACUGCAAGUCCACACUGCUGGUUCUGCUGAUGCGAGAGGACAUCUCAGACCUGGCCGCUCGGCAGAACAAUGCUCAUGAAACAGCUGAACAACUUGCCCGCGGUAAAAGCAUAUACUCCUCUUUGUUUGAAAUGGCCAUACCAGCUGCCUCGUACAUCCGGAACCUAAGCUUCACUUGCAACCCACAUUACAGGCUUAGUAUUAAACAAUAGGAUUAAGGAUUGUAAGAUAAUAUUAUGUAUAUGGAAAUAAAAAUCAAUUUAUGGAUAUAAU